AGAUGACAUCAGGAAUACUCUGUGGCUCUUCUUUUUUUUGUUUUGUUAAUGCCACCAUCGUUUGUGGAGCUGAAGAAACGAAGCUUCGGGAUGAUCGUUUAGCUUAGCUUCAGUUCAGGAGUUAUUUGGACGCUAACUGCUUCGUUUAAACAGAUUCUGCUUCUCCCAGAGGAGAAAAAGGCGCCUACCGGAGCUUCAGCGAGAAGAAGGAGCAGAGGAGAAGAUUUAGCGGAGUCGGGCGUGGUAGCAACAAAAAGAAGCGUUUUUAUCAGCAAAACUUAAAAAGAAAAUACCCGGUGGCGAGCAAAAUGUCUCUGUCGGUGCCUCAGAACGGAGUGAAGGCGGACAGCGAGCCGGUUAUCGAGCUGUUUGUCAAGGCGGGAAGUGAUGGCGAGAGCAUCGGGAACUGUCCGUUCUCACAAAGGCUUUUCAUGAUCCUGUGGCUUAAAGGAGUCGUCUUUAAUGUCACCACAGUGGACCUCAAGAGAAAGCCGGCAGACCUCCAGAACCUGGCACCAGGCACACACCCACCCUUUAUCACCUUCAACGGCGAGGUCAAAACGGACGUCAACAAGAUCGAGGAGUUCCUUGAGGAUAUCCUCUGCCCUCCCAAGUAUAUUAAGCUCGGGGCGAGACACCCCGAGUCAAACACGGCUGGGAUGGACAUCUUUGCCAAGUUCUCUGCGUACAUCAAAAACUCCAAACCUGAUGCAAAUGAAGCUUUGGAGCGCGGGCUGCUGAAAACACUUCAGAAGUUGGAUGAAUAUCUUUGCUCGCCGCUGCCAGAUGAGAUCGACCACAACAGCAUCGAGGAUGUCAAAGUCUCCACUCGCAAGUUUUUGGACGGUGAUGAAAUGACCCUGGCAGACUGUAACCUGCUGCCCAAACUGCACAUCGUCAAGGUGGUGGCCAAGAAGUACAGAUGCUUCGACAUCCCCAAAGAGAUGACAGCCAUCUGGAAGUAUCUGAACAAUGCUUACACACGCGAGGAAUUCACCAACACCUGCCCCAGUGACAAGGAGAUCGAGAUUGCUUACGCAGACGUAGCCAAGAGGCUGGUCAAAUAAGAUGCCCCGCCCCUUUGUCCCACUCACCCAUUCCACCGCCCCCCAGCGCAGAGAUUGACAUGCUCGCUCAUGCAAAAGGAAAAACUCCUCCUUAGACCAAACCCAGUGUAUGAAACCUUCCUGGUCUUGUUUCUGUUUUUGUUGUUUCAGUAAACGUCACCGCUGUUCCUUCUCUCACGAUGACUAGCGUUAGUUUGUUUUUCUGUUUGUUUGCUGAUGAACGUUUCAUUUUUGUCUUUACUCGCUGAAAAGUGACCUUCAUGGAACGUCACAAGCUGUUCAGUUUUAUGUUACUGUCUGAUGUGUAUCUUUUUUAUGGAUUGCUAUAAAAUCAAACACUGAGUAGA